AUGUAUCAUGAUAUCAGGAAAGUUUACUGCUGGGAUAGGAUGAAGAAAGAUAUAGCCGAGUUCGUAGCUAAGCGCCCUAAUUGUCAGCAGGUUAAGAUUGAGCAUCCGAAGCCUGAUAGGUUAUUGCAAGCUAUUGAUAUUCCGACUUGUAAAUGGGAAGCGAUUAAUAUGGAUUUCAUUAUAGGCUUGCCCCGUUCUCAGCGAAAGUUCGAUUCCAUAUGGAUGGCUCCGUAUAAAGCCCUAUAUGGAUGGAAGUGCAGAUCACCUAUCAGAUGGUUUGAGGUUGGGAAAUCUAAGCUGAUAGGACCAUAUUUGAUUCAGCAAGCAGUUGAGAAGGUUAAGCUCAUUCAGGAAAGGUUAUUGGUUGCUCAGAUUGACUACGAGACUUGGAGUUUCAGGUAG